AUGCAUCUGAGAAGAGCAAGCAAGACAGUGAAAGGCAAUAAUUAUCCGGCUUUAUCAGAAGAUCAAGAUGUGGUCUUCAGUAAUCACGUUCGAGCAGUUAAAAGGAACAUUUUAAUUCAUUUAAGGGAUAAAAAUUCUCAAUCUACCAACUUUCCGUACAAACGAAAUAAAAAUGCGGCGCUGUCUGCUGUCAGUCCUGGAGCAAAAUGUAAUUUAAACUUACAAGAUAUCGUCAACAUCUGCAUGCUGGUGAUGUUACAACAAUCCUCAAUCAUGUAUAACCAUGCAAUUCCUGAAGCGAUUACCAGUCCCAAGUCGAUCUCACAUCAGAAUCUACAACAAGAGACUGCCUGGCUCUUCCCAACGUGA